AUGACCGGGGAGCGGGGUGAGCAGUCGGCGCAGAACCAGAACCGCCGGAAACAGGGCAGCCCGGCGGCCCCACGCGCGUGCACAGCGGCACGCAUCCUACACAUCAGGGCGCCGACUGCGGAGACACCGCCUCGCACCCCGAGCGAGCCCGACGCCCAGUCUGCAGCUGCCCGGACCCUCCCCGAGAUCAGCCGGGAGGGCAGGGUGGGGGACCCUCACCCACCCCCUCCGCCCCCAAACCUCACUGCCCUGUGCGGUGGACCUCACUGGAAGCCCCCCGCCCCUGGGGCAGAGCCCGCCUCCUCCCUCCUCGGCAGAACGAUCUCGGCCCGGGAGAGGGCCGCGUUCUCCUAUUGGAAGCUGGGUGGUCCUGCAGACCGCGCCCACCGCCCCCGUCUCCGGAGCCAGGGCCGUGGGUGGAGCUCGGGCCCCCUCGCGCGGCCAGUGCCGGCAAGACUCCAGCGGGGAUGCGACGCCAACGGGGCCCUGGGUUGGGGGGCAGCCUGGCACCCACGAGCGCUGACCCCACCAGCGGCCGGAGCCGCCCACUCCCGCAACCCAGCGCUGACCGCGUGA